AUGCGAGACUGUACAUGUUGGAAAGCGUAUCUGUAUGUUGAGGGCUGUGAUGAAGCGGGAACAAGGAUGGUGCUGCGCUUGUUACUUGUGAGCAUAACAAAUACAACGUUGAUGCGGAUAUGA